GUGAGUGUUCAGCCUGCCCACCAAACGACCAUGGAGCUGGACCAGGAUACAUCACUGAGGUCUGGAAAGCAGAGGUCAGUUCGAUUGCGUUGCCAUGCAACGAGUCAACAAAACAAAGGCGGAGGCUGUUACAGAUGCAGACAUGUUCAGUUACUCAGCUAACCAGUAUGAGAGUGCCUACAAGCCGCAGAGGCUGCAGAACUGGGGUGAGACUGCUAAAGAUUUCAAAAAGAGACCCACUGCACAGGAGGGUCACACCACCUUCAUUGCUAAUAAUAGAGGACAUCUACUCCCAGGAGUGGUAAAGCAUGGCAGUGCAUGGCCAGACUUUAAGGGAACCUGGGAUCUACCUGACCGUAUCCCAGCCCAGCGUAUCAACCCGACCGGUCGCUCUGUGGAGGGUCUGAGCAGGCUGAAGUCCUGGGGCUUAGACCCAGAGGACACAGACACAUCUCAGCCACACAGAUGCAGCAGAAACACGUACAGGCUGCAGGAGCCUGGAGAACUGGAUGUUGUCGAGCAGAACAAUGAGGAUGUCGAGCAGGACAUUGCGGCCCUGUCAUUGAAAGAAGCCAGCCCUGAAGCACCAUCAUCCUCUAAGCAGACACACAAGGAUGAACAGCAGGAACAGUAGCCUUCUUCAUGUAUUUCUCAGUGGAUGAAAACAAUACGUACAAAAAUAAAUUAAACUAGUUAUUUGAGCAUGGCUGAAUUCUUCUCACAGGUUGUAAUGUCAGCAUAUUGUCAUCAGGGGAAUAUCACUUUUUUGCUUGAUUAGAUUACUGACUGAAAGUUAUUUUUCUUUGGUGGUAUAGUAGGAAGAAAAUCUAACUCAUUAUAUUUGCAGGAAAAAUUAGAACACAUUUGAUACAAAUACUAUCAAAUACAAGGCUGUGCUUACAGUACAAACAGACUUGUCAUGAAUUCCGUAAAUGUGUAGUUGACCAUUGUUUACUUUACUUUUAAAGAGCAGAUAUAUGCCCCUCUAUAAUGUGUGCCGCUAAACGUUUACAAUCAAAGCGGCCAGGAAACAAUGUGUACAGUCAAAUUGUGAUUUCCAUUGUGACAAACAAACCUCAUCCUAAAUCUCUGACAUCACAGUCUUGUGUCUCAGUGAUGAAAAGCCACAAGCGUUUCAGGGAGUUAUCUGUGUGAGGGAUAAAUAUCAUGCAUGAAAAUAUGCGCCUGAUGUGAAACUCAGACAGUCAACAGAGAAGGGAAAAGAAAGCGAUUUACUUGUCAUCAGUUCUUUAAUCACGAGCAGAACAAAAACUCCUGCAGUUAAAACAGCUCUGUACAUUCAGAACAAAGAUCCUUUCAGUUUACAAAUCCAUCCUCCUGAGGGGCCUUUAUUGCAACUUGUGAGCAGUCAGUUGCUCCGAUUACAAUUACAAUGCUGGUGUAUAGGAAUUUGAUGUACAUCCACCGAUACACCGCCCUGUCCCUAUAACGACUAGAGAUAAGAGAAGAACAUAAGCCAGUGCAAUAGGGUGUACAUUGUCAUUUAUUGUCAUAGGACCGUAAAAAGAAAGUGACAGACUAACAGACAAUUGCAGAAAGACUGGCACAUUGGUGAAAGUUGCUGAACCAGUAAACAAACACAUUAUUCUCUACUCUGCUAACUUAAAUUAACAGACAAUUAGCAGGAAGGAAACCCAAAGAAAAUACAAGCAAAAACAAAUACCUGCCCAUUUUCUCAAAGAGCAAUAACUGUUGUUCCAAGAACACAAAAUAAAAUGCAAACACUGUAAAAAAAAAUCAAUCCCUCAAGAGCCCCAGAACACAAGGUUCAAGUACACAGCAUCCCAGUAAUGUUACCUCUAGAAAUGUGUGUGUGUGUGUUUAGCAUGGCAGUGCAUGGCCAGACUUUAAGGGAACCUGGGAUCUACCUGACCGUAUCCCAGCCCAGCGUAUCAACCCGACCGGUCGCUCUGUGGAGGGUCUGAGCAGGCUGAAGUCCUGGGGCUUAGACCCAGAGGACACAGACACAUCUCAGCCACACAGAUGCAGCAGAAACACGUACAGGCUGCAGGAGCCUGGAGAACUGGAUGUUGUCGAGCAGAACAAUGAGGAUGUCGAGCAGGACAUUGCGGCCCUGUCAUUGAAAGAAGCCAGCCCUGAAGCACCAUCAUCCUCUAAGCAGACACACAAGGAUGAACAGCAGGAACAGUAGCCUUCUUCAUGUAUUUCUCAGUGGAUGAAAACAAUACGUACAAAAAUAAAUUAAACUAGUUAUUUGAGCAUGGCUGAAUUCUUCUCACAGGUUGUAAUGUCAGCAUAUUGUCAUCAGGGGAAUAUCACUUUUUUGCUUGAUUAGAUUACUGACUGAAAGUUAUUUUUCUUUGGUGGUAUAGUAGGAAGAAAAUCUAACUCAUUAUAUUUGCAGGAAAAAUUAGAACACAUUUGAUACAAAUACUAUCAAAUACAAGGCUGUGCUUACAGUACAAACAGACUUGUCAUGAAUUCCGUAAAUGUGUAGUUGACCAUUGUUUACUUUACUUUUAAAGAGCAGAUAUAUGCCCCUCUAUAAUGUGUGCCGCUAAACGUUUACAAUCAAAGCGGCCAGGAAACAAUGUGUACAGUCAAAUUGUGAUUUCCAUUGUGACAAACAAACCUCAUCCUAAAUCUCUGACAUCACAGUCUUGUGUCUCAGUGAUGAAAAGCCACAAGCGUUUCAGGGAGUUAUCUGUGUGAGGGAUAAAUAUCAUGCAUGAAAAUAUGCGCCUGAUGUGAAACUCAGACAGUCAACAGAGAAGGGAAAAGAAAGCGAUUUACUUGUCAUCAGUUCUUUAAUCACGAGCAGAACAAAAACUCCUGCAGUUAAAACAGCUCUGUACAUUCAGAACAAAGAUCCUUUCAGUUUACAAAUCCAUCCUCCUGAGGGGCCUUUAUUGCAACUUGUGAGCAGUCAGUUGCUCCGAUUACAAUUACAAUGCUGGUGUAUAGGAAUUUGAUGUACAUCCACCGAUACACCGCCCUGUCCCUAUAACGACUAGAGAUAAGAGAAGAACAUAAGCCAGUGCAAUAGGGUGUACAUUGUCAUUUAUUGUCAUAGGACCGUAAAAAGAAAGUGACAGACUAACAGACAAUUGCAGAAAGACUGGCACAUUGGUGAAAGUUGCUGAACCAGUAAACAAACACAUUAUUCUCUACUCUGCUAACUUAAAUUAACAGACAAUUAGCAGGAAGGAAACCCAAAGAAAAUACAAGCAAAAACAAAUACCUGCCCAUUUUCUCAAAGAGCAAUAACUGUUGUUCCAAGAACACAAAAUAAAAUGCAAACACUGUAAAAAAAAAUCAAUCCCUCAAGAGCCCCAGAACACAAGGUUCAAGUACACAGCAUCCCAGUAAUGUUACCUCUAGAAAUGUGUGUGUGUGUGUUUAGCAUGGCAGUGCAUGGCCAGACUUUAAGGGAACCUGGGAUCUACCUGACCGUAUCCCAGCCCAGCGUAUCAACCCGACCGGUCGCUCUGUGGAGGGUCUGAGCAGGCUGAAGUCCUGGGGCUUAGACCCAGAGGACACAGACACAUCUCAGCCACACAGAUGCAGCAGAAACACGUACAGGCUGCAGGAGCCUGGAGAACUGGAUGUUGUCGAGCAGAACAAUGAGGAUGUCGAGCAGGACAUUGCGGCCCUGUCAUUGAAAGAAGCCAGCCCUGAAGCACCAUCAUCCUCUAAGCAGACACACAAGGAUGAACAGCAGGAACAGUAGCCUUCUUCAUGUAUUUCUCAGUGGAUGAAAACAAUACGUACAAAAAUAAAUUAAACUAGUUAUUUGAGCAUGGCUGAAUUCUUCUCACAGGUUGUAAUGUCAGCAUAUUGUCAUCAGGGGAAUAUCACUUUUUUGCUUGAUUAGAUUACUGACUGAAAGUUAUUUUUCUUUGGUGGUAUAGUAGGAAGAAAAUCUAACUCAUUAUAUUUGCAGGAAAAAUUAGAACACAUUUGAUACAAAUACUAUCAAAUACAAGGCUGUGCUUACAGUACAAACAGACUUGUCAUGAAUUCCGUAAAUGUGUAGUUGACCAUUGUUUACUUUACUUUUAAAGAGCAGAUAUAUGCCCCUCUAUAAUGUGUGCCGCUAAACGUUUACAAUCAAAGCGGCCAGGAAACAAUGUGUACAGUCAAAUUGUGAUUUCCAUUGUGACAAACAAACCUCAUCCUAAAUCUCUGACAUCACAGUCUUGUGUCUCAGUGAUGAAAAGCCACAAGCGUUUCAGGGAGUUAUCUGUGUGAGGGAUAAAUAUCAUGCAUGAAAAUAUGCGCCUGAUGUGAAACUCAGACAGUCAACAGAGAAGGGAAAAGAAAGCGAUUUACUUGUCAUCAGUUCUUUAAUCACGAGCAGAACAAAAACUCCUGCAGUUAAAACAGCUCUGUACAUUCAGAACAAAGAUCCUUUCAGUUUACAAAUCCAUCCUCCUGAGGGGCCUUUAUUGCAACUUGUGAGCAGUCAGUUGCUCCGAUUACAAUUACAAUGCUGGUGUAUAGGAAUUUGAUGUACAUCCACCGAUACACCGCCCUGUCCCUAUAACGACUAGAGAUAAGAGAAGAACAUAAGCCAGUGCAAUAGGGUGUACAUUGUCAUUUAUUGUCAUAGGACCGUAAAAAGAAAGUGACAGACUAACAGACAAUUGCAGAAAGACUGGCACAUUGGUGAAAGUUGCUGAACCAGUAAACAAACACAUUAUUCUCUACUCUGCUAACUUAAAUUAACAGACAAUUAGCAGGAAGGAAACCCAAAGAAAAUACAAGCAAAAACAAAUACCUGCCCAUUUUCUCAAAGAGCAAUAACUGUUGUUCCAAGAACACAAAAUAAAAUGCAAACACUGUAAAAAAAAAUCAAUCCCUCAAGAGCCCCAGAACACAAGGUUCAAGUACACAG